ACAUGGCUCCUGUGAGAGGUUGGGUGGUGGGGCUCCUGCUGGUUCUCCUGACUCCUUCUCAGCUCCCUCUCUCUGGGGUGGUGAGCGCCCAGGAAGUGACUGACGCAGAGGAAGGCCUGUCCAGACAUGAGGAGGAGCUGGUGGCCGAGGAGGGUGCAACAGCUGAUGGAGAUGAUGGUGCCGGGGAGGAAGAGGAAGAGGUAGCAGAGGAGGACGAUGAAGGAGAAGCAGAAGAAGACGAGGAGGAGGCGGAGGAAGAGGAAGAAGAGGAGACUGCUGAGGAGGAAGAGGAGGAGGAAGCUGCAGAAGAAGAAGAGGAGGAGGAAGCUGCAGAAGAUGAGGAGGAAGAAGCUGUAGAAGAGGAGGAGGAAGCUGCAGAAGAAGAGGAGGAGGAGGAAGCUGCAGAAGAAGAGGAGGAGGAGGAGGAAGCUGCAGAAGAAGAGGAGGAGGAAGAGGAAGCUGCAGAAGAAGAGGAGGAGGAGGAGGAAGCUGCAGAAGAAGAGGAGGAGGAAGAGGAAGCUGCAGAAGAUGAAGAGGAGGAAGAGGAAACUGCAGAAGAAGAGGAGGAGGAAGAGGAAACUGCAGAAGAAGAGGAAGAGGAGGAAGAAGCUGCUGAAGAAGAGGCAGAGGAGGAAGAAGCUACAGAAGAGGAUGCAGAGGAGGAGGAAGCUGAAGAAGAGGAAGAAGAAGCUGCUGAAGAAGAGGAGGAGGAAGUAGAAGAGGAGGAGGAAGAGGAGGCCUCUGAAGAAGAGGAGUUAGCUGAAGAAGAGGCUGAUGAUGCAGUGGAAGAGGAGGAGGAAGAAGAGGAUAUUGCUGAGCCAGUUGCUGACUUGCUUCAAUUCCAGCCAGGCUCGUUGUGUAGCGUUUGCUCCAUCUGCGAGCACUGCUCCAAGAACUGUGACCAAUGCCCCUGUGAAGACGGAGACGAGUCUGAUCACUGUGAACACUGCCAAGAAUGCUCAUCCUGCUACCUUUGCCCACUACUGUGCGACACUAUUUGCACACCAGGUGGCCUUAUCGAUGAGCUGACUGGAUCUCUCUUUCAGUAA